CCUUUAUUGGGGAAUCUGGGUGAUUUUACCUCUAGUGUGCCUUGGCUGGCCACCACACAAUGGGCAAAAAAAACCUUCUUAGGCGUGUGCUACCUCCACGUUUUUGAACAAGAAAUCAUUUUUCUGAGUAGUGAAGAUGCUGCGUCCGAUUUUCUUAACAAACGGGGCGCGAUUUACUCGGUUAAGCCGAAGUUGAAAAUGGUGGGAGAAUUCCGCUCCAAUGACUUCCGCCUCCCUUUUCUCAAUUACGAUUCCGAAAGCUUUGCACGACAACAGCGCUUUGUCAAGAAAACUCUGGGCCUUCGCAGCAUCACCGAUUGUCAUCCCAUGAUCCGCGCCUCUACCAAUACAUUCCUAUCUGAGAUCAUCAACUCACUCUCGCAUCACCUCGAGCAUUCCAGAAAGUACGCUGGAGGACUCGUUCUUUCCGUCGUAUAUGGCUACCAAGCAUGCAAUGCAGAUGACAAGUUUCUCAAGCAGGCUGAAUUUUGUCUCGACAUCAUCGCCAACGAGAUU